AUGUUCAGCACGCGUCAGACCCGGCCGCUUCUUCCGCAUGCUCGCACUCUCUUUACGCGUCGAAAGCCAGCUGGCCCCAUUCGCUCAACCAUCACAACAACCCUCACAAUAACAGGUCUUGUGCUUGGCGGAUACUACCUCAGCGAUUCACGCGCUGGCUUCUACACGCAUAUCGCUAUGCCUGUGCUUCGUGCAACAACAGAUGCCGAGACGAGUCAUUCACUUGCUAUUCGUGCACUGUCUAUGGGUCUCACUGCCCGUGACACGGCGACUCUCUCCCAAGAAGAAGCAGAACGGCUAGGAUUCUCUCUCUGGGGCAGGGACUUUGAAUCUCCUAUCGGCUUGGCUGCUGGGCUUGAUAAGCAAGCUGAGGGAAUUGAUGGUCUGUUCAACUUGGGCUUCAGCUAUGUCGAAGUAGGAUCCGUCACACCACAGCCGCAGCCAGGAAACCCCAAGCCACGAUAUUUCAGGCUUCCCAAGGACAAUGCAGUCAUCAAUCGCUAUGGUUUCAAUUCAGAAGGUCAUGCCAACGUUGCUGCACGCCUUGCAGCACGUGGUGAUCGGAAAACCCCCGGAAAAGUACUGGCCUUGAAUUUGGGCAAAAAUAAGAAUGGCGAUGAGGUGAGUGAUUAUGUUCGUGGUGUUGAGAAGCUUGGGCCGUAUGCAGAUGUGCUUGUCAUCAAUGUCUCUUCGCCCAAUACACCUGGCUUGCGAACGUUACAGCACGGAGAUGCGUUGUCUUCGCUCUUGGGUGCAGUCAGAAAGGCACGAGAUACACAUCCCAACAAGCAUGUUCAGGGUGUACCGCUGCUAGUCAAGAUUGCACCAGACUUGUCGACCGAAGAACUCGCUGGUAUUGCGCAAAUUUUGGUCAAGCAGGAGAUUGAUGGAUGUAUCGUCAGUAAUACAACCCUGGCGCGACCUUCUAGCUUGCAGCAUCAAGAUGUUGCACAAGAAGCCGGUGGAUUGAGUGGAGCACCACUCAAGCCAAUGACGAUGCAAGCACUCAAAACGCUCAAGUCACACUUGAGGCAACAACAAGCGGGCGACAAGGUUCGUUUGAUUGCAUGUGGCGGCAUUUCGUCUGGUCAGGACGUCUUGGACUAUUUCGAUGCGGGGGCUUCCUUCGUUCAAGCUUACACGGCAUUUGGAUAUGAAGGACCCCGCUUUCCUCGUCGGAUCCGUGAAGAGUUGUUUAGUCUACUCAAAGCACGCAACACAACAGUGAGCGAGCUCAUUGCACGAUAA